AUGAUUCAGAAUGUCAAAUAUCAGUUAGGAAGAGCCAAUGGGAGCCGUCCUUAUAUUGCUGUCUCCUAUUGGCCACAGGACGCAAAGAGAGCCAACCAACGCGCUCCUUACAACACCGCUUUACGCCCAUCGCGUUUCGUAAGGCGGCUUGCGAUUGGCUCUCCGGGCCGAGAUUUAACCAAUGGCGGAUGGCUUUUCUCAGCCUGUUAUGGCCGAGGUAAGACACUGCGAUGGUGUUCCUUGCUCGAUGAUCGGCUCCUUUUGCGGAAUUAUUGGCGUUAUGUGCUGAACGAAUCGAAGGGUGUGAUGGCAGGAACCGAGGGCAUCAUGCACGGCACCCUCUACAGCGCAGCGAAUGGCCAGCUCUCUGGCACCACGGCUCCUGGGGCCUCCUCCACAAACACUACCAACUCUCUCAACCAUAGCUCACUAAACGGCGUCAUGCCCCUCAAUAGCAUGGCCAUGUCCAAUGCUUGCCAGUAUGAGAGCAGCAAGCUGGACAUGCAGGAGAACAAGGAGUGGUUUGGAGCGACAGGGGGCGGAGUCGAACACCUGGACCAAGCACAAACGGAGACCCAGAUAAAGGAGGAAGUACAAGAGGUUGAUGAUAAUGCACCAGUUAUAGACAUUAUGAUCAACAAUGUGGUGUGCUCCUUCUCUGUUGCAUGUCACAUUGACCUGCAACAUGUAGCCCGGUUUGGUCAUAAUGUCGAAUUCAGGAAAGAGAACGGAAUGGUAACCAUGAAAUUACGAAAGCCUUUAACUACCGCCUCUAUUUGGUCAUCAGGAAAAAUCACCUGUACAGGGUCGACAUCAGAACUACAAGCCAGAGUCGCUGCCAGGAGAAUCGCUCGUCGUAUACAGAAAUUGAACUACCCAGCAAAGUUCCGUAAUUUCCGCAUUGUCAAUGUCCUUGGAACGUGCACAAUGCCCUUUAGUAUAAAGAUCACCCAGUUUUCACAAAAAUUUAGAGAAGCAGCAAGUUAUGAGCCAGAGCUUCAUCCUGGUGUUACUUAUAAGAUCGACUAUCCUAAGGCCACACUCAAGAUAUUCUCCACGGGAAGUAUUACAGUCACAGCUCCAAGUGUCAGUAAUGUCCAGAAUGCCAUAGAGCACAUUUAUCCCUUGGUACAAGAGUUUAGCAAAGUGAGAACCCCGGAGGAGAUGGAAGAGUUCCGGCGCAACAGGGCCAGACGUGCAGGUGAAGUCAUAGAAUCCGACACCGACUUCUCUUUAUCAGAAGAAGAAUAUGAAGAUUUGUAAGAGAUCGGCAUUAAAAUAAGGAAAAUUUGAAAACAAUUGUUGUAGUAAAGUGCAUACAGCAUUAAAAAUAAAAUGGAAAAAAGUGUGGCCUUGACCAAGGUUGUACUUGGUGGAGCUUAAUACAGUAAAAGCAUGCUGUUAUGCAUGCAGUGAUUAUCAUGUUAGUCAAGAAAAUGAAAUAAUGUGCAUUAUCAUGUGUUAAAAUAGUGUUACUCUCACAAACUAGGAAUAGCAAACCACUCAAAGUCAACACUGAACAUCAUGCAUAUCAAAGUGGAUGGAAUAUACUGUUACAUGGAAAAGGAGUAAACAUAUCUUGUGUUGAUUGUGUCAUGACAGACUCGAAUACACAACACAGCUCAGCUGAGGUAUUUUGGAAGGAGAGGUGCCUGUUUCUUUAAAUGAUGAAGCACAAGGAAAUGUUCAAGUAAUGAAUCUGCUCAAUGCUUUUAGUUUAUCUUUCAUUGCUGUAUCUUUUCUGAUAAGAUUUUCUACCUCUGUCUCCAAACCAAUUGAUUCAUUAAUGAAGUUUCCUUUUUUGGUAGAAUGUUUCACUUGGUGGCUAAAUGGCAAAGUGGUUUUGAGCCCAAAACUGUAGAAGCUUGAAUGCUGCAACUGUAAUGUGGGGCUGGCCAGACAAGCUCCAGCCCCUUUGGCUUCUGGCUGCAACUGAGGUAUGCAUAUUAAAGUGACAAGUGGUCAGAAUCGUUUGAUGUAUAGUUUUCUACAAUUUAUACUUUAUGGUAGUCCAGCUUUGUGUCAUGGUGCUUCUAUCUAAAGAUGGCCUUGAAGCAUGGCAGUGUAAGGCCUUCGUACCAUAACCAUGCAUCCCAUGGAAAAGGGAAAAUGGAAUCAUGGAUUAUAAUUGUGAUAAAAAGGAAUUAAUUUGCUUUUGUGACAAGAUGGGAAGAAGAGGAAAGAUAAAAAGAAGUAAAAAAAAAAAGAAAAAAAUUAAUGAAAGCCCAAGGAGUUCUGCUUAAAAUUUGGCCUCCUUGCCUAGUCCAAUGCUCUUUGUAUUACCCCACCGACUUGAAGUGUGAGCCAUAGUGUAUUUAACAAAGUACAUUAACCUGUUGAAACUUAAAUGAGUCCUUCACCAUGUGUAGUUACCUCUUGUGCUUAAAGCUGCUGAAAGAGACAAUUUGAAUGUUUUCAGUCGUCGGUAACUACAGCCAGCAGAACUUGCCAGUGUGUGUAGGUGUUGUGGAAGUCUGCAGAAUGCAUGACUUAUAAAAAAAAAAAAGCGCGUUUAGGCUUACGCAUCAAGUAUAAGGGAUGGCCAUGAUCAAAAGUUGUGUCAAAAUGUAUAUGUAUUAACCACAAUAUUAAAGGGAAAAAAAAUAGAUUGCCGACUUGAAAGGCUUCUGUGAAGAUCUGUUAUCCUAUACAUUAUAUUUGUUUCAUCACUUUUCAGUUGCAAGUUGUUCAUGGGCAUAUUUAUCCCAGAAACCUUUAUGAGGGCGUACUUUUUCUCUCUUUUUUUUUCUUUCUUUUUUUUUUUUUUUUUUUUUUGAGUUGGUAAUGUAUUUUCCUUUCACUGAAGGUGCUGUCAACUUUCUGAAAAUGGUUAUGAUAUUUACAUUAAUGUACUGGCUCCUAUUUUAUUUUACUGUUUUGCCAUCUGUUGAAAAGGUUAUUUUUCCAUUUUUUAUGUGAAAUUGAUUGCUGUGAACAUAACAUUAUAAAAAAGGAAAUAAUGUCCUUUGUAAAGGUUUUCUGAGCUUAUGUAAUCUUAUUCAUAUGUUCAUUAAUAUUAACAUUAAAUCCAAUAUACCAUUCCCAAAGACAUGCCAAACUAAUGCUUUUCUGCCUUUUUUCCUUCCACGGCUCCUUUUCUUUGCACUUUAGUUACAUGGACUCAGAAUGUCUAGCACUUCACUCAUCAAAGACUGGAUGGACUCGCUGUUCAGCCUGUUGAUUUGUUGCAAUGGUCUUGCCUGCCAACUACCUUGUUGGUAUCUUGAUCUCUGUUGUAAAUGAUCUUGAAAAAAAAAGAAAAUACAAAUUCUCAGCAUGAGGCGGCAGUUCCUGCAUUCAUGUAUUGUGGUAUUUUUCUCUGGUGCAAUUAGAGCAAGGACUUGAUAUUUAUUUGUCUUUUGAGUAUUUUUUGUACUAGAAAAUCCAGAUAAACUGCAGGCAUUAAUGCAAUACCAGCUUUUUUUCUUAAAUCAGGAUAGCACUUAUUAGCAUUGAAGAUGAAAAGGCUGGUUAAUAAGUAUCCAUAUACUGCACAGUGUUAUUUAAUUUUGUAUUGAGGAUGAUCAACUGCACAUUUUUCCCUCCUUUUUUAAAGCUUAUUUGGGGGUGGGGGGUAUUAUCAGUAAAUAAAAUUCAAGGCUUGGAUGCACAUCUGCAUUGUUCUUUUUUCUUUGUUUGGAGUAAUUUCAUAGGAGCGCAUAGUGAGGAAAUAUAGGUCUUGUAUCCAUGAUGGUUUUACCAAAAGUUGUUUCUCAUUCGUUAUCUUUAAUAUUUCUGAGAGUUCAGAAAAGUUCACUGUACAGGUACAGACUCUCUUGCACCUGAGGAACUUUGUUGAACUGUGCAAAUGCAGAAAAUGGCAGCUUUUCCAGGAGAAAUUUAAAAUGGCCUGGUGUUGUAUUUUUGAAGGCUUUCCCUUA